CAGCAUUCUGCGGUGCUCUUUUGUUUCCUUCGCUCUCUUCUCAUCACUUGUAUCACGCCACGACAUGCCCACGGCCUCAUGACCUACUCUCACACAAAGAGCGACUACAACACGUACUCGAUAGUCAUCGCUGUCCACCCAGAGAACGAACAGCCCCCAGACACCGACUGGCGCCUCGGCGAGAUCGAGGUCGACUGGAUCGACUUUACGCGCGAGAAGAGCCUCGACAAGGCGUGGGACGAGCCCGCGAUGGUUGACAAGCCGAGAACAUCGCAGGGAGGGAGCAGCAGAGCCGUGCCGGGGUCGCGGGCGCGCGGGUCGCUUGACGCUCCGGGGGGGAGCAGCAGCAGCCCGCGCACAAAGCCGCGCAAACGGACCCCAGAGCCGCCUGAGACCCCCGACGCGCUCUCACGCCAGCCGCUGCUCGCGCACAUCCCCGGACCGAACCCUGUCGAUACGACCGCCGCGACCGGCGUGUCGCAGUUUGGCCGGGGCGUCGUCCACCUCUUCAAGCACGAGCCCCCGCCUUCCCUCAUCGCCAGGCUUGAGGGGCAGAACGGCGAGAGCUCGCGCAGUGGGACCGCCGAGGGCGACUAUGCGGGUGAGCACGCCGAAGGAGAGGACGGAAGCCUCGUCGCCAUCCUCGCUGUGCCGGCUUGGAUGCGGCCUGCCGACCUGCUAGAGUUCCUCGGCGGCUGGGCCACGUGCUUGGAAGGUGUUCGGAUGAUUAGGGAGGCAACGACGCCAAAUCGCUCGAUCGUCAUUCUCAAGUUCCGCGACCCGCUGCAGGCGUCCGAUUUCAUGAUCAUCUUCACCGGCAAGGCGUUCUCGACGCUCGACACGCGCGAGACCUGCCACCCCAUCAGAAUCCACCAUCUUGUGCUCCACAAGCUGGAGGGUGCAGAGCCCAAGGACGUCGCCAUCCCUGCCUUCCCGCCAAGCGUGUACGCUUCUCGUGCGCGCGCCUUGCCAAAGUUGCUCCAUGGCGUGGACAGCAAGGGCCUGUACGAGCUCCCUUCGUGCCCCGUCUGUCUGGAGCGUCUCGACUCCACCGUGACUGGGCUCGUGACGCUGCCAUGCGCCCACACGUUUGACUGCGACUGCCUGCGCAAGUGGGGCGAUAGUCGCUGUCCCGUCUGCCGCGUCAGCCAUCUGCUGCUGUCUUCCGCGCAGGACAAGAAGCGGCAGCAGCAGCGUGACCGCGGCGAAGACAUCACGCGGUUCACCCAGUGCGGCAUGUGUGACAGCACAGAAAACAUCUGGAUCUGCGUGGUCUGUGGCGCGGUCGGCUGUGGCCGAUAUUCGAAGGGCCAUGCAAGGCGACACUGGGAGGAGAGCGGACACAUGCUGGCGAUGGAGGUCGAAACGCAACGCGUGUGGGACUACCAAGGCGACAACUAUGUUCACCGCUUGAUCCAGACACGAACCGACGGCAAACUCGUCGAGCUGCCCUCUGCUUCCUCGCUCGCGGCACACGCAGCCACCUCCUCACGCCGCACGAUGCCGCUCAACCGGUCGCUCGAGAACCUUGCCGGCCACAGCCACUCGGCUCCCUCGAGCGUGGCAGGCAGUGCACCGUCGACCCCCUCCGCCAUGAACCGCGCGUCGUAUUCGCAGGGACAUGAGCGCCGCGAUAGCCAAGUGAACGACGGGCCAUCAUCCGGUGACGCCGAGAAGAUGUCGACCAUCGAAUCCAUCACGCUCGAGUACAGCUACCUCUUGAGCUCGCAGCUCGAGGCCAUGCGGCAGCACUACGAGCAGGAGGCAGCGUCGCAGGCCGUCGUAAUCGCCAAGCUGCAGGCAGCGGCCGCGCGGACAAAGGAGGCCGAGGACGCGGCUGCAGUCGCCGAGGCGCGGCGCGUCGAGGCCGACAAUGCGCGGCAGAAGGCCGAGCAGCGUGCCGAAAAGGCGCUCCAGCUCAGCCGCAGCCUGCAGACGUCGCUAGGCAGCGAGAAGGCCAUGUCGGAGGGUCUCAACUCGCGCGUCAACAAACUCCGCGACGACCUGACCACCGUCCGCGCCGCACGCGACGCCAAGGCCGCCGAGGUGGACAGCUUGAACGAAACUGUCCGCGACCUCAUGUUCACACUAGAGGCAGGACUCAAGAUCCAGGAGGCUGGCGGAGAGGAGGGCGGCGAAGGCGGCGACCUCGUCGUCGUCAACAAGAAGAAGGGCAAGAAGAAGCAGUAAUACCCCGCAUUGUGCAUAGUACCAUCACCUGCUCAUGUAUCGUAUCGUGUAUCCAUAAGA